CUCAGCCUGGGAUCACCCCUGGAGAAGGACCCCAGAGUCCUCGGCCUCCAGCCCGCCCCCCCGAGGCAGGGCGUUGAAGGGGUUAAGUCCCCUGGGGCUGGAUUCUACCUUCCGGCUUUUCCCAGACCCCAGAGCCGGUCCCUGGAACUGGCAGUCCUGAGCGCUGGGAUGGAGCCCGAGACCGCCCUGUGGGGCCCAGACCUGCAGGGUCCUGAAGACAGCCCAAAUGCUGCUCACAGAGGUGCUGAGAGUGGGAACGAAGAGGAGAGCGCUCAGCAGGAAAGUUCUGGGGAGGAGGUCAUCUUGGGAGAUCCAGCUCAGAGUCCAGAAUUCAAGGACCCACCAGAGAUGCCCCUGGAGAGACCCUCCCAGGAUCCCUCCAUCCCCCAGGAUGCUUCAGCACCAGUGGGUCACCCCAGUCCCUUGGAAACCCCCACCCCGGAGGCAGUCCCUACCCCAUCUGACUGGACCAAGGCCUGUGAGGCCAGCUGGCAGUGGGGGACCCUGACCACGUGGAACAGCCCCCCCGUGGUCCCAGCUAGCGAGCCCAGCCUGCGUGAGCUGGUGCAAGGCCGCCCUUCGGGCGCGGAGAAGCCCUACAUCUGCAACGAGUGUGGCAAGAGCUUCAGCCAGUGGUCCAAGCUGCUGCGGCACCAGCGCAUCCACACGGGCGAGCGGCCCAACACCUGCUCCGAGUGCGGCAAGAGCUUCACGCAGAGCUCACACCUGGUGCAGCACCAGCGCACGCACACGGGCGACUGGAGCUCCAACCUGGUGCAGCACCAGCGCACGCACACGGGCGAGAAGCCCUACAAGUGCACCGAGUGCGAGAAGGCCUUCACGCAGAGCACCAACCUCAUCAAGCACCAGCGCUCGCACACCGGCGAGAAGCCCUACAAGUGCGGCGAGUGCCGGCGGGCCUUCUACCGCAGCUCGGACCUCAUCCAGCACCAGGCCACGCACACAGGCGAGAAGCCCUACAAGUGCCCCGAGUGCGGCAAGCGCUUCGGCCAGAACCACAACCUCCUCAAGCACCAGAAGAUCCACGCCGGCGAGAAGCCCUACCGCUGUACCGAGUGCGGCAAGAGCUUCAUCCAGAGCUCGGAGCUCACCCAGCACCAGCGCACGCACACGGGCGAGAAGCCCUACGAGUGCCUGGAGUGCGGCAAGAGCUUCGGCCACAGCUCCACCCUCAUCAAGCACCAGCGGACUCACUUGCGCGAGGACCCCUUCAAGUGCCCGGUGUGCGGCAAGACCUUCACGCUGAGCGCCACGCUGCUGCGGCACCAGCGCACGCACACGGGCGAGCGGCCCUACAAGUGUCCCGAGUGCGGCAAGAGCUUCAGCGUCAGCUCCAACCUCAUCAACCACCAGCGCAUCCACCGCGGGGAGCGGCCGUACAUCUGCGCCGACUGCGGCAAGAGCUUCAUCAUGAGCUCCACCCUCAUCCGCCACCAGCGCAUCCACACGGGCGAGAAGCCCUACAAGUGCUCGGACUGCGGCAAGAGCUUCAUCCGCAGCUCGCACCUCAUCCAGCACCGACGCACCCACACGGGCGAGAAGCCCUACAAGUGCCCCGAGUGCGGCAAGAGCUUCAGCCAGAGCUCCAACCUCAUCACCCACGUGCGCACCCACAUGGACGAGAACCUCUUCGUGUGCUCCGACUGCGGGAAGGCCUUCCUGGAGGCCCACGAGCUGGAGCAGCACAGGGUGAUCCAUGAAAGGGGGAAGACCCCCGCCCGCAGAGCUCAGGGUGACACCCUGCUGGGGCUUGGGGACCCGGCCCUGAUGACCCCACCCCCCGGCGCCAAACCACACAAGUGUCUCGUCUGUGGAAAGGGAUUUAACGAUGAGGGCAUCUUCAUGCAGCAUCAGAGGAUCCACAUCGGAGAGAACCCCUACAAAAAUGCAGACGGCCUCACUGCACACCCAACCCCCAAACCGCCUCAGUUCCGCUCCCCCAGGCUUCCUUUUGGAGGCAAUUCCCGUCCAGGUGCUGCCGAGGGCAAGGCUGACCCUCCAGGACAGCCCUCGAAAAUGGCUGAUGGGCAGGAGAGCUUCAGCCACAGGCGAGGGCUGCUCUCUUCCAAGUCCUAUAUUUGUUCGCACUGUGGAGAAAGCUUCCUGGAUCGCGCUGUGCUCCUCCAGCAUCAGCUCACCCACGGCAACGAAAAGCCCUUUCUCUUCCCUGAUCACAGGACUGGGGAAGGGGCCGGGCCCAGUCCCUUCCUAAGUGGAAAGCCCUUUAAAUGCCCUGAAUGCAAAAAAAGCUUUGGCCUCAGCUCGGAGCUGCUGCUGCACCAGAAAGUCCAUGCAGGUGGGAAGGGCCAGAAGGGCACCGAGCUGGGGAAGAGCUCUUCUGUCCUCCUAGAGCACCUGAGGAGCCCGCUGGGGGCCAGGCCCUACAGCUGCUCAGAUUGUGGGGCCUCCUUCCCCGACCGCCUGGCCCUUCUCCGACAUCAGGAGACCCACACGCAAGAAAAGUCCCCCAGAUCCGAGGACCCCCUUGCUGAGCCAGCCACCCAGUCCGUAAGCCAGGAAGAAGAGGAAGAGGCCACCACCCCCACAGGGAGCAGCAGCCAGGGGGAAGGGGAAGCCUCCAAAACCCUAUUGGAAGAAAAGCCCUAUUUGUGCCCUGAGUGUGGCGAUGGCUUCGCGGAAGUCGCAGGCCUCCUGCUCCACAGGAGCUGCCACCCAGGGGUCUCCCUGUGAAACGGGUCUGGAGAGAGGGGGGCCUCUCUCUCCUGAGAGGAACACUGGAUCACCCCAGAAAGUAUGUGGGGAAAGGAGUAAAACCCUAUCAGAUUGUAGAGAAGUGGAGGAUAAAGAACCCUGGGGUAAAAAAUAGUGCUUUUACAUCAGUGAUGAAAAAUCCUAUAAAAUUGUUGGUGGGAACCACUUGCAAGGCAGUAGAGAAAAACUGUUGGGUUAGAAACCCUAUAAAUAUGUAGGAAAAAAGUUCUUUAAGUCUGUAGCCGAAAAACCCUAUAAACCAUAGUGGAUAAAAGCCCUAUUAAUUGUAGGAAGAGGUCCCAAUAUGUCUCUAGACAACCCUAUAAACCGUAUCGAAGCCCUUGUGAAACAGGAGCGUCAGGGAAUGGCAAGGCAUAGGCCGUGGCCUGGACUGGGAGGAGUGACCCUAGGGAGGCACAGGGGAGCCUCCGAGAACCUGUGCCACAGCAUCCCCGCCCACUGGAGUGGGGGGCCUGUCCCUCCCGGAAACGGAAACCUUGGACAAUGACGCUGAGGAAGAGGCUCAGCUGGGGGCAGAGGGAGAGCUGGCUGGAACUGGGAAAGGAAGAAAACAAAGGAGAAAGGUGAUUGCGAGGCGUCCCCAGACCCACAGAGAAACAACCCAGGAACUGGGAGGAGCAAGUCCAGCUCAUUGAGCUGGAGCCCGUGGUCUACGAGGCCGGUCUUAAAUAGAUUGUGUAUGGAAUUCUGUACCAGGAAGAACCCAAAUGUGGGGAAGGAAGAAAAAAAUUUAUCAAGGCUUUUUAAAGACUGAAAUUUGAGGUGCAUAAAAGUUGCAAGUGUAAGAAUACUGGGAAGCCACUACAAAAAAUUCAGAGGAAGCAUGGGGGGACUUAUGCUAGAGUGCUCUGAGGGACGCAAAUCAAGGUGAACAGACUGUUCAGAUGGGACCCAGCAAAUCCCGAGGUUGCCCAGACUUGCCUGUUUCCAGGAGCUUUUAAACUGAAAGUGCAAGAAGACCUGGCUCAGGCUAUCAGGGUUCUCCCCUGGCCAGGUGGGGUGACUCUUCUCCAGCCCGGCCGGACACUUCAACUCAGAGGCCUCCAGGGACGGAAGGUCCCCCCCCAGCCAUGUUCUCAGGUCUCACUGUCAGGAGGUUUCUCCUGAAAUCUAACUGCCACCAGCCUUGCUGCAAUGGCAGCCUGUUUCCUCGACUUCUGUCCUCCAUGGAGGGAGAGAAUCGCUGCUAGUCAACCUCCAAAGAAUAAAGCCCUUCAGAGACUCAAGGCCUGCGUGUGGGUAGAGCCUCCUAGACUUCACUUCUCCAGCCAAUGAAAGCCGUGUGUGCAUUCCCUGGCAACGAGGCCGCAGGUGGACAGAGUUCCGAUUAGCAACGACCGCUCUUAAACCUCACUCACGGAGCACCUUUUUUUAGCAAGGCUGCUGCAGGAUGAGUCGGCCUGCACGAAUUGGGGUGUCCAAAUACCCUGCAGACUGGACCGUGGGUCCCAAGGGAAGAGGCCUGGCCACUUCCUCACCUUGGGCCCUGUGAGGUGAUGACCCAUCCCGGUCAUGGUCUUGGGAGAGAGUCUACCCACUGGCUGCUCUCCUCAGCCAGGAAACUUGAGGGAAAGCAGAUGCUGAGAAAAACACUCCCUGCCAGGCCCAUCUCCUGUUCUCACCACGCACACCAUACACUGUUACCCACUUUCCUAACCCAGUCAAACCUGCUAACAUGACUGGGUGCCUGUGGUGGUGGGGGGGAAAGACUUGCCCUAUAAAAUGAUUGGAGAGAGGAAGCUCUCAAAACAGCUGUAACAAGAUCCCCACCCCUUAGACCCGAAGACCCUUAAGGAAGGAGAGAACUCCAUCCAGUGCUGGGUCCAAAAGGAGGUGACCCCACCGUGGAGUAAAAGAACUGAGAUACCCGGUGAGGUGGCCUUUCAUGAGUUGCAUCCCUGGAGAAAGUGGCCUGGAUUCCUACAAAGCUGUGGAAAGGGACUUCUGAUUCCAUUGCCUGGAAGUUCAAAAGGUGAAAGGCCUUCACUUUCAUCUCUCCUGCCCCCAGAGGUAUGACCCUGAAAUUCAAAGGAUCAACAUCUAGAAAAGCCAGGCCUGCCUGGGAGAAGGAAAAAGGCAGGCCUCAGAUGAUUGUGGGGAGGGCCUUGUUAAAAAAUCUAGGUGAAGUGCUGCCCCACCCCAACAAAGGGCCAGUUUGAAAGCAGUGCUGGGGGGGGGGGUAGGAACCUGCCAGCUGCAUUCUGACUGUAGAAGCGUCAAUGAAGGGGUGUCCCGAUGAGACUGAAGAAGAGGAGACUCCUCCAAGUCAAAGUGGAUUUUUUCCCCACUAAGAUGGUAGCAGAAGAAAUUUCAGUUGUAGAGACAAACUAGAAGCAGGUCCCCUUGGAAACAGGCUUGAGGACCCUGUUUCUGGGAGUCCCGGGCUCAGGCCUAUCGAGGUGACGCUGGCACAGUCGAAGGCCUGGCGUAGGCCUAUUGAGGACUAGGUGUAGCGUACGUAGAUGGAUGCUCGCAUGUUGUAGGGAUGCGUGAGCACUAGGGCUGUGGGCUCUGGUACUGAAUGGAUGAUGUGGACACAAUUAGUUGGGGUUUGGAGUUUCAGGACAAGAAAGGGGUAGAUUUGAAGAGCUCUGGGGUGUGAUCUGUUCUCUGUGGCCCACCACCCUGAACUCCCUUCACUAGAUGCUUCCUCCCCAGAGGGAGCUAUAGCUGUGCAUGUGUAAAGGAGGAAAUCUAGCAGGGAGCUAGAUUGGAGAGACGGCAGUACCUGGCAAAGGCCCUGGGUCACGGCACUUGCCUACCCAAACUGAGUCUUGAAGUAUAGUGUAGCCAAAUUCCUUUGUCCAACUCCAGGCCAGCCCCAGACUCCAGAGGUGCCCGCUGAAGGCACCCGAUAUACAGGGUUAUGGAGUCAUUGGUGAAGGCAGAGGGGAGAGUAGGGCUGAGCUGAGCUAAGGGUGAAACUUGACACUGCUAUGGAUGUGGAGGUCAGGUUGGAACUCAGGAGAACUGGCAUGAAACCUGAAGGGGGGGAAACUUGAAGCCAUCACCACAGAGAGGUAGGGAGGGCUCCAGGACACCUGUCCCUGAGGUGAGCAGCUCCCAGUCUCCUUUGCCCCCAUUAGGGAAGCCCAACCGAACUUGUCCCCUGGAGUGGAGAGAGGCCCCACUUUUGAGUGUUGUGUAUCGAUAACAGUGUUGUGUCACCGGUGGUCAUGUUGAUUAGUUGAAGAGAA